UCCAGCAAGAUGUGGAAGAUGCCGGCGCUCCUAGGUUUGGUGCAGUCGCGCUACUGCUGCUGCCGCUGCUGUUGCUGGUUUCUGCUGCUGCUGCCGCCGCCGCUUUGGAUCAGCCUGGCCGCGGCUAAGCAAGUGCUGAGGUACCGCUUGGCCGAGGAGGGGCCGGCCGACAUCCGGAUCGGCAACGUGGCUUCGGACCUGGGUAUCGUGACCGGCUCGGGCGAGGUGACGUUCAGCCUGGAGUCCGGCUCGGACUACCUGAAGAUCGACAACAUGACGGGCGAGCUGAGCACCACCGAGAGGCGCAUCGACCGCGAGAAGCUGCCGCAGUGUCAGAUGAUCUUCGACGAGAACGAAUGUUUCCUGGACUUCGAGGUGUCGGUGAUCGGGCCCUCGCAAAGCUGGGUGGACCUCUUCGAGGGCCGGGUCAUCAUCUUGGACAUCAACGACAACACGCCCACUUUCCCUUCCCCGGUGCUCACCCUCACCGUCGAGGAGAACCGCCCGGUGGGGACCCUCUAUCUGCUCCCCACUGCCACGGACCGCGACUUCGGCCGCAACGGCAUCGAGCGCUACGAGCUGUUGCAGGAGCCCGGCGGGGAGGCCGGCAGGCGCGGCGCGGGGGCCGCCGCCGCCGCCGCCUCCGACGGGGCCCUAUACCCCGGCGGCGGCAAGCGGAGGCAGGAGGCAGACGGCCCGGCCCGGAGUAGCGUCUUCGAGUUGCAGGUGGCCGACACUCCCGACGGCGAGAAGCAGCCGCAGCUGAUCGUCAAAGGGGCCCUGGACCGCGAGCAGCGGGACUCGUACGAGCUGAGCCUGCGGGUGCGGGACGGGGGGGAGCCGGCGCGCUCCUCGCAGGCCAUCCUCCGCGUGCUGAUCACCGACGUGAAUGACAACAGCCCUCGCUUCGAGAAGAGCGUCUACGAGGCGGACCUGGCCGAGAACAGCAGCCCCGGCACCCCUAUCCUGCAGCUGCGGGCGGCCGACGCGGACGCCGGGGUCAACGGGCAGAUCGAGUACGUCUUCGGGGCGGCCACCGAGUCGGUGAGGCGCCUGCUGCGCCUGGACGAGUCGUCGGGCUGGCUCAGCGUCCUGCACCGGAUCGACAGGGAGGAGGUGAGCCAGCUCCGAUUCACCGUCAUGGCCCGGGACCGCGGGCAGCCGCCCAAGAACGACAAGGCCACCGUGGUGCUGACCAUCCGCGACGAGAACGACAACGUGCCCACCAUUGACAUCCGCAAGAUCGGGCGCAUCCCGCUGCGCGACGGGGUGGCCAGCGUGGCCGAGGACGUGCUGGUGGACACCCCCAUCGCCCUGGUGCAGGUCUCGGACCGCGACGAAGGCGAGAACGGCGUGGUGACCUGCACGGUGGUGGGCGACGUGCCCUUCCAGCUGAAGCCUGCCAGCGAGGGGGAGGGCGAGCCGCAGAACAAGCGCAAGUACUUCCUGCACACCUCGGCCCCGCUCGACUACGAGGCCCUGCGGGACUACAACGUGGUCAUCGUGGCCGUCGACUCCGGCAGCCCCAGCCUCUCCAGCAACAACUCGCUACUGGUGCGGGUGGCCGACACCAAUGACAACCCGCCCAUCUUCAGCCAGCCCGUGUUGGAGGUGCCCUUCCCGGAGAACAACGCCCCGGGCGAGCGGGUGGCCACAGUGCAGGCCACGGACGCGGACAGCGGCAAGAACGCCGAGCUGGCCUACUCCCUGGAGCCCUCGCCGCUGGCGGCUGAGGCGCCCGCGGGCCUCUUCACCAUAGACCCGGACUCGGGCGACGUGCGCGUGCAGGGGGUGCUGGAUCGCGAGCAGCGGGACACGUACGAGUUCCAAGUGACGGCCCACGACAAGGGGGUGCCUUCCUUGCAGGGGUCCGCCCUGGUGGUGGUGCGGGUGGCCGACCGCAACGACAACGAGCCGCGCUUCAUGCAGGACAUCUUCACCUUCUACGUGAAGGAGAACCUGCAGCCCAACAGCCCGGUGGGCAUGGUGACCGUGAUGGACGCCGACAAGGGGCGCAACGCCCAGCUCAGCCUGGCCAUCCAGCCCGGCACGCAGGAGCCCGGCCCCGGCGCGCCCGACGGCGUCUUCUCCAUCGAGAACGACACGGGCACCAUCUACUCCACCGUCUCCUUCGACCGCGAGCUGCAGACCAGCUACACCUUCCGCGUGAAGGCGGUGGACGGCGGCGAGCCGGCGCUCUCAGCCACGGCCACCGUCUCGCUCUUCGUCAUGGACGAGAACGACAACGCGCCCGCCGUCACCUCGCCGGCCAACAGCUCCUUCACCGUCCUGCCGCCCUCCAGCAGCCCGCGCUCGGUGGUGGCGGCCGUGCGGGCCCACGACGCCGACGUGGGCCAGAACGCCGAGCUGAGCUACAGCCUGGUGGGCGGCAACCCCUUCAAGCUCUUCGAGAUCGACCCGGCCAGCGGCGUGGUCUCACUGGUGGCCAAGCUGACGCCCAAGCACUAUGGCCUGCACCGCCUGGUGGUGCAAGUCAACGACAGCGGCCAGCCGGCCCAGGCCACCACGGCGCUGCUGCACGUCUUCGUCAACGACAGCCUGGCCAACGCCAGCGCGGUGGAGAGCCAAGUGGCACGCAGCCUGCACACGCCGCUGGGCCGCGACAUCGCCGGCGACCCCAGCUACGAGCUGAGCAAGCAGCGGCUGAGCAUCGUGGUGGGCGUGGUGGCCGGCGUGAUGGCCGUCGUGCUGCUCAUCCUGGUGGUGGUCCUGGCCCGCUACUGCCGCUCCAAGGCCAAGCACGGAGGCUACGAGGCGGGCAAGAAGGACCACGAGGACUUCUUCACGCCCCAGCCCCACGACAAGGCCAAGAAGCCCAAGAAGGACCGGAAGGGCAAGAAGGGCGGCAAGCAGCCGCUGUACAGCAGCAUCGUCACCGUCGAGGCCUCCAAGCCCAACGGGCAGCGCUACGACAGCGUCCACGAGAAGCUCUCCGCCGACAGCCCGGCCCUCACCCGCUACCGCUCAGUCAACGGCGGCCCGGGCAGCCCGGAUCUGGCCCGCCAUUACAAAUCCAGCUCGCCGCUGCCCACCGUGCAGCUCCACCCCCAGUCGCCCACCGCCGGGAAAAAGCACCAGGCGGUGCAGGACCUGCCGCCAGCCAACACCUUCGUGGGCGCGGGGGACAACAUCUCCAUCGGGUCGGACCACUGCUCCGAGUACAGCUGCCAGGCCAGCAGCAAGUACAGCAAGCAGGUGGAAACAGUGCAGACCACGCAGUCCCCUGGCCACAUUGAGGAAUCGUGUAAAAUGAAUGUAUGUGCUCGUAAGUGAAAUACUCAUGAAUGGAUUUCCAACUCUUAGCCUAUGUUGGAUCAUAAAAAGACGUGACCUCUGAUCAUCAGUGUUAUUUAUGAAAUCGAUUCCCAAGAGGCGGGGGUCACUGCAAAACUGAAAACACAUUUAAAGCAAGAGCUUCUUAUUUUUCCAAAUGACUUCUGAAUCAUUCUUAUUUUUUUAAGGGAAAAAAAAGAUAUGUGCAAAUGAGUUAUUAACCAUUGACUAUUGUGAUGGUGGUAUUUUUCAGAAGAGUAAGGAUCUGAUUUAAGAGAAAUGAAGGGAUGUGAGAAAGGUUUUGUCCAAGAAAAGGGUCAGCUGUGGAUGGACAGGAUCACCAUACAGAAUCACAUUCCAUCCUACAUAGGACCAUAGACUGGAGAACAAGCUUGAUCUCCCCCUUCGAUCUGCCUGAGAAGACUGGAACACUGACAAAGAAAUUCAUUAGAGAUUUAAUUAGUAAAAUAAAUGUCUCUUAAUUUAUUGGAAGAAUUGGAGGAUGGUGGUAAUAUCAAAAUGCUUGAGUAAGAAAUUAAGUAUGCUAAGUAGGCAAAAGAUUAUUAUUAUUGUUAUUAUUGUUAUUAUUUUAAAAGAAAGCUCUAAGCAUUUGCUAGGUCAACAAAGAACAUGGUAUCUAUACCUCAGAACUGAUUCUUUGAAAUCAGAAGAAAACCCAGCAUUUAUAAUUGUGGAUGGAAAGGUAUGGAUUGGGCCUCUCCGUUUGCUGAAUCAUUGCAUGAAAAGAGAGAAUAAGAGGACUUUAUGGCAGUUAAAACAUAAAUUGUCCAGCCGGGAAGCUGAAAUAUCACAAAGUGGUCUGCUAUGAUCUAUGUAUUUUAAAACAUGUUAUUAUUAAGUCUUGGUUUAUUUAUAAUGUUAGGAAGAUUAUUGGGGUGGAAUUAAAAAAAAUAUAUUUCCCCAUUGAAAGUACCUGUCAAAAGGAAAGGAUUUCUGUUUAAUUAAAAGGGAGUCUGUAUGA